AUGAUUGAAUAAAGAAUUAGAGCUCAUAAGCAAACAUAGACUAUUAAUAAAGGUUUAAUUUAAUUAGCAAUAAAUAAAAUUUCUAAAAUUUAGAUAUUUUUGAAACUAUCUUAUAUAAAUUAAAUAUUUUUUGCAAAAAAGGAUUUUUAGAUGCUAUUAAGAUGCUACAGAAUCAGAAGCUGA